AAGAGGUGAACCUGAAGAGUGUCAGUGUGGUGUGAGCUACAGUGGUGAGAGGUUACUCAGCGGCUGCCUCUGACCAUUUUUAGAAGAGUUGCUAACACAGCAGUAUGGCCAGCAGUAAACUUCAACAAGUGGCAGCAGGUGCUCAUGAUGCAACCACAGCAGAGAUGCACAAACAAUUAUCAGAUGAGCAGUUGGGGGACUUAAUAGAGGCUAGUCUGGAGAGUCGAGAGAACUCCUACAGCCCCUACAGCAAGUUUAAAGUGGGUGCUGCCCUCCUCACACACGACGACACUGUCAUCACAGGCUGCAAUGUGGAGAACAUCUCUUAUGGUCUCAGCAACUGUGCUGAAAGAACAGCUGUAUUCAGAGCAGUAGUGCAGGGCUACAGAAAAUUUAAAGCCAUAGCUAUCACUGCUGAGAUGGGGAAUAAGUUUGUGGGUCCUUGUGGUGCAUGUAGACAAGUGAUGGCUGAAUUUGGCCUGGACUGGGAAGUAUACCUGGCCAUGCCAAACAAAAGCUACAUGAAGACCACAGUAGGUAAACUCUUGCCUGAUAGUUUUUCUCCAGACUGGGUCACUUUAGGCUAAACCAUGGAGAUUAAGACUUGUACCAAUCUGGCUGUGCCAAAUGGAUUUAAAGCCUUUAUCUAUCCACCAUUUGAACCACAUUAUUAAUAAUGUGAAAGCACAGAAGCUUUUGGGAAAGCUUUCGUUCCAUCCAGCACUUAUUCUUAACUAUUCUGAUUCUUUGCAACAAUUCUGAAGGCAUGAAGCUGAUUCUUAAAUUACAAAAAAUUAACACUUGCUCAUGCCAUGAGAUUUAUACCUACACAAAUGAUUUUUGGGACCUGACGAGCUGUUGGAGUGUGAGCAGGGUAAUAUUUUGUGAAGGGAUUCAGGGAAACUGAUUAUUUUUAUAUAGCUGGACUUGAAUCCUGGAAAUGGGAAGUACAAUGCCUGCACUUUAAAGGAGGGGUUUGGGAUAUUGGCAGUUUGGAGUGACUAUCUAAACUGCCGUAUCUGGGAGCUUCUGCAAAGAAAGUAAUUAUGCACGAGUGAUGGUGAAAGUGUUGAUUCAUUAUAUUAUCAAAGUUUUUUCUUUCUUUUUGGGUUUUUCUUUGUUGGGUCACCCUGCCUUGGUGGGAAAUGGCCAACGUGUUAAAAAAAAACUUGCAUUAAUGCUAUUAAGUUAUCAUAAUUUUAUAUCAUUAUUUUAUAUAAAAAUGACAGAUUAUGUAUACAAUAGAGACUACUGUACAAGGUAAAAAAUCAAAUUUUUUCUGUAAUAAACCCUAUUAAGUUGGC